CAUUUGAAUUGCACUUUUUUUUAUAAAUGUUUUGAUUUCGUAAAAUGAAUAUUAACCUAUUGAAAAACCUUCUUCAAAAUUCCAAAAAAUGUAGUAAAAUCGUAAGGAAAGCUUUAUUCUCAGACAAUUUAAGUGCUGCCAAUUUAGUACGAUGGACCGGUACGAUUCCCUCGUCCCAAAGGAGAAUUUUCCGAAAUCAAAUCCUACCGGGUUUCACGGCUUCCAGAAGGCUAUUCUCCGAUGAAAAUAAAGAAAAUCAAGUAUCUUCCCACACUAAAUUACCCCCCUUAAUGGACGUCCCCGUGCGGCCCUGGCCUUCUAUACUAAAAUCUUUUAAAAAUUUCUUUGUUACUGCUUUGAUUAUUAAACCAUACUUUGAUCCUGAGUUUAACUUAUCUGACUUUGUUCAAGGGUCCAAAAGAGCUGUACAAGUAGUAUCUCAUAAGUUAGCAAAAGGACAGGACCUUGAAGGCCUUGUAACAUCAGAUCUUAUACCGAAAUUGCAAGAGAGAGUAUCCAAUAUGUCUGUAGGGCAAAGGGAUUUAAUCCCUGUAAAUGAAGAGGAUAUAAUAUAUACAUUUCCUUAUGAAAUAGGUGUAAUAGUUAAAGAACUAGCUACCUCAAACGUCCAACAGCGUUUUGUCGAAAUAACAAUGAUUUACCAUGUGUUAAAAGGGCUGUCUCAAAUUAAAUCUGGAGUAGAAAAGCUACCAAUGAAUGUGGGCCUUUUGCCCGACUACCAGGACAAAAUAUCAAUUUGUAAUUACAGGUUUGUUAAGGAGUUUACAAAAGGAGUAGAAAGUGAUUGGACUGUAAAUUUGCUGAACCACUUUAGGCCUGUAGAUGAUAGUGCUAAAUAAAUGUAAAAAAUA